AUGGAUUGCGUAAUAAAAUUAAACAAUUUAAAACAAAAUGAAGAAGAUCUUCGCAGAGAGGCAAAAAAAUUAAAGAAUCGAAAAAGUAUAAUCGCAAGCAAAAGGCGGACACAUUUGUAUAUGUUUGAGAAAUGCAUCACUACAAUUCCGAAGCCUAAGUACCCAAAUCACAUAAUAUAUGCCUACUAUCACAACAACUACAUAAAUAAAAUAGAAAAUUUAGACGAAAUGUACAAUUUAACACACCUGCACUUACAAUGGAACAAAAUAACGAAAAUCGAAGGUUUAGAUAAAUUGACGAAACUCAAGAAAUUAUAUCUAGGCUGCAAUUGUAUCAGUGUUGUGGAGAAUUUAAUGGGCUUAAAAUAUCUAGAGGAAUUGUACAUAGAGAAACAGAAUGUUGACAGUCCAGACCCAUUAUGUUUUGAACCACGGACAAUGGUGUCUAUUGGGGCAACAUUAAGAAUAUUAAAUGUGUCCGAAAAUAAAAUAACGGAUAUAUCAUGGAUAAAACCGUUAAGACGCUUGGAAGUCUUAAUUGCAGUGAAAAAUAAGUUAGAUGAUGUUGAGGUUGUAGCAGAUCAUAUCUGCACUCUACUUUGUUUGGUCGACGUGAAUUUCACCGGCAACCCCAUGACAAAGAAACAUAGAUAUAAAGAAAUUAUAAUCGCUAGAUGCGCUCAAUUGCGAGUUCUGGAUACUAUACCAAUAAACAACACAUCGAAAACAUUCUUACAAAACUUCGAUAAAGUGGUACGUCUCCGACAAAUAAAUGAAAGAAAUAAGAUGGGCAUAUCUCGACCGAGCGCUGAAGAUUUCUUUGAACUAAACAUGUUAACAGGACCAAAAACUCAAAGUGCAUUGUCGGUGGCGGAAAUAUCUAAGCGACAAUCGAAAUUAACAGCUGUAGACUCUACAUACGCUUUUAUGCCGCGAGCAUUUUGGCGGGCAAAACCAACGCCGGCUCGCGAUAGUGUUGCUCCACCUGCAGAACCUCCUCCUCAAAAAGAACAGCGAGAUGAAAAUACCGUGCCUAUUAAAGGAAUUUUGAAAAAGCCAAUGCCAAUGAAAUAUAUAUAA